AUGCCACCAGCGGCUCUGGCUGUUGCUACGUGUCGCAGGUCUGAUCCCCUGGAAGCCAAAGGAAUCUGCCUCACCGAUACCCCUGUGAGAAAUGCCACCCUCAUGAGCUCCGCUGACCAAACCUCUGUCGUGGCACAGAAGACGACCCCCCAGCGGGGACCUCAGCUAAGGACAGCUCUGAACAAGACCCCGUACAGACCAGUUGACCGGCGCUGCCUUCUGUGGCAGAGGCCGAUCACAGGGACGCCCGGCAGGAUUGUGUCCUUCGAUGGGAGCGAAGGUGUCAGGUUGACAGACCCCCGAGUCCUCAUCGUCCCAGCUGGGGGACCUCGGUCAGGCGGUUCGCCUUCCCAGCCUCAGUGUCGUCCCCUACCCGCCGGGGGUGUUCGCUCCCUGGCAGAGUUGGUGUCGGGCGUAAACUGUAGGGAAGUGCCUGUCGCCGUGGGGCCCUCGCCACUACACGAGGUGUUGGCACCAGUUUUAACUCUUGGCUCUUCUGUGGUGGGCAUAUUCUCAAUUUUUUGGCCUUGUUUUUACCUCUUACUAGAAGAGCUCACCGACCAGGUGAUGCAGAACCCUCAAGUUUUGGCAGCUCUACAGGAACGGCUUGACAAUGUCUCCCACACUCCUUCCAGUUACAUUGAGACUUUACCCAAAGCGGUGAAGAGAAGAAUCAAUGCGUUGAAACAGCUGCAGGUGAAGUGUGCUCACAUAGAGGCCAAGUUCUACGAGGAGGUGCAUGACCUGGAGAGGAAGUAUGCCGCACUGUACCAGCCUCUCUUUGACAAGAGAAGGGAGUUCAUCACUGGUGAUGUUGAACCAACAGACGCGGAAUCAGAGUGGCACAGUGAGAACGAAGAGGAGGAUAAGCUGGCCGGAGACGUGAAAAGUAAAGUAGUCAUCGCGGAAAAGGAAGUCGCGACAGCAGAGGAGCCAAACCCCAAAGGAAUCCCAGAGUUCUGGUUCACCAUCUUUAGAAACGUAGAUAUGCUGAGUGAAUUAGUCCAGGAGUACGACGAGCCGAUCUUGAAGCACCUGCAGGAUAUUAAAGUGAAGUUUUCAGACCCCGGGCAGCCUAUGUCUUUUGUCUUAGAGUUCCACUUUGAACCCAACGACUACUUUACCAACUCAGUCCUGACGAAAACAUAUAAGAUGAAGUCAGAGCCAGACAAGGCCGAUCCUUUCUCCUUUGAAGGCCCUGAAAUAGUCGACUGUGAUGGGUGCGUCAUUGACUGGAAGAAAGGAAAGAACGUCACCGUCAAGACGAUCAGAAAGAAGCAGAAGCACAAGGGCCGAGGCACCGUGAGAACGAUCACCAAACAGGUUCCCAACGACUCGUUCUUCAACUUCUUCAGCCCGCUGAAAGCAUCUGGGGAUGGAGAAUCACUGGACGAAGACUCGGAAUUCACGUUAGCCUCCGACUUUGAAAUCGGACAUUUCUUUCGUGAGCGGAUAGUCCCGCGGGCCGUGCUCUACUUCACGGGCGAGGCCAUAGAGGAUGACGACAACUUUGAAGAGGGUGAGGAAGGAGAAGAGGAGGAAUUGGAAGGUGACGAGGAGGGAGAGGAUGAGGACGAUGCCGAAAUUAACCCCAAGAAGGAGCCCAGCCAGCCCUCCGAGUGCAAACAGCAGUAAGACGACGGCACCGAGGACCCGUCGCGGCCGCAGCGCGACUGCACCGGCAGCCCUCGCCUCUAACUCGUUUUCAAGUGCAUGAUUUUGACGUUAACUUUUCCUUUAUCUUUAUUAUUUGGCUUAACCUGUACAGUGGCGACUUAAAUGCAUUUCAGAGAUAGGAGGUUUGCUUCCAGCACCCUCUACGGCCUUGGGUGCAGCGCGGUGGACUUUCCCAGGCCCUGCCUUUGGGAGGAGGGGGCGGUGGAAGGUCGGUCGACGCCAAGGGCAGGCGUCUGGGGACGUGGUUCCAGGGCAUCUAGAGCCAGUACCUCCGCUCCGCAGUCGGACCGGAUUCUUCCUUCACUUGGAGAAACUCACACGCUUUGUGUUUCCGCCACUUGGUCUCCUGUGCUCUCGUCGUGCCCCAAGGGCUGGUAGAGUCGAGUCCCGUUCUUAGAGCGUUCCCUCUCCAGUUUUGUCUCCCUCGGGGUGGCGUAGGGGGUGCGCGCACUCCAGCCCCGAGGCGCCGGUGCUUGUGGUCCAUCCUCGUAUUUAUUUAUUCUCUCCUGCCCGUGAGGGCUCGGGGCGCCUGCCGUCGCUCGUCCUUACAGUCUCUGAACCCGUGUGUGUGCCUGGUGACCCGGUGACUCCCCAGGUGGGUGUGCUGGCGGCUCCCACGCGAGCCAGGCCUGCGUAGAGGGACCCUCGCUCUGUCCCGCCAGCGGCCGAGGCCGGGCUCGUUUUCCUGCCGGACGGACCUCCGGCUCUGGCAGGGGCGCGGGGGGCGCCCGUGGCGGGGGGCCGCUUCUCCUAGUGUGUGCAUGUCGGGUCUUGCUUCCUCAGUAGCCCCUGUUUCUCGGCCCUGUGCUCAUCUUGUCUUCAAAGCCCUGGGUUCGGAGUGACCCGUUCUUGGCUGGCGUGUGAGGUUUCCGAGUGUGUGACCGCGGUCUCUGGCAGCCGGGGAUGCCGUGUCCACACUGUGACCAGGCCUGUAGAGUGCUCAGCCUUACUUACAAUACAUUUGUAACUGAAUACGGUGUUUUCAAUUUGUACAGAAUAGUUAGAAUAUUCUAUUAAAGUUGUGAAACACGAA